AUGGCGGGAAAAGAGGAUCCGACGGAGGAUUCCCGCGCGGUUACGCCGGCGGACAAUAAGGCCGCUGCCGACGCUGUUGCCGCCGCCAGCAACGUCGGCGAGGCGGAGCCACCGGAGGAGGAGCUGGUCGCGAUGCCGGAGGACUACCUCCGCUGGCUCCUGGCGCAGACGAGGGAGACCGACCCCCUGAAGCGCCUUCAGGAGGAGAUCGAGUGGUUGCAGGCCGAGCAGGACGAGUUCUUCCAGUUCCAAGCUUGGGCCCGCGACGAGUUGGACAAGCAUGGCCGCGUCAUGGUUCCUGCGGACGAGGUUAGCCCUGGCCAGUUUCAGGAAGCCAUUAACGAAUAUUGGUAUGGUCUGCUCGAGGAGUAUGACAAUGGUGGUCAUUCGAAAACUGAGGUUGAGGCUGCCGUGCCAUCCAACUGA